UGGUCUCGCGGCGCAUGCGCAGUGUGGAGGGCAGCGCUAGCGGUGCGGCGGAGCGGAAGCGCGAGGAGUUUCUGUAGCUUUAAUUAUUCAACCUAUUAAUUAUAGUGUUGAUCAUAUGAAUCUGCGCAAUGGCGGGAAUCAAAGCUCUGAUCAGCCUGUCGUUUGGAGGAGCGAUCGGUCUGAUGUUCCUCAUGCUGGGCUGCGCUCUGCCCGUCUAUAAUGCGUACUGGCCUCUGUUCCUGCUCUUCUUCUACAUCCUGGCACCUAUCCCAUACUGCAUCUCUCGCCGCGUGGUGGAUGACACGGACUCGGCCAGCAACGCCUGCAAAGAGCUGGCCAUAUUCCUGACCACAGGCAUCGUGGUGUCCGCCUUCGGGCUGCCCGUCAUAUUCGCCCGCGCUCAUGUGAUGGCCUGGGGAGCCUGUGCUCUGGUGCUGGCGGGACACUCCAAACUGUAA